AUUAUUUUGCGCUCAGAGACUCGCAUUUCCAUUCAUUUCGAGUCAUUUGACGUUAGAAUACCGCGACGUGUGCACGAAAGAAAUAUUAGCUUUUUAACACAAAAUGGAACCGACAGAAAAUGAUUUUCGUAUAAUCGAUCCAACAAAGCGCAUUAAAAUUCGCAUAAAUCCAAAAGAUGAAGUAGCAUCAAUCGAGCCAGUUACAAUUCCUGAAAUGAUGAAAAAAGUAGCACAAAGAUAUCCAGAUCGUCCAGCACUUAAGCAAAUGAAUGCAGUCACAAAAGAUUGGGAAGUUUUGACAUUCUCAGAAUAUCAACAAAAAGUUGAAGAGAUUGCUAAAGUCUUUAUAAAGUUUGGUCUUAAACGUCAUGAGACUGUUGCUGUUCUUGCAUUCAACAGUAUUGAAUGGUUUAUUACAGAAAUGGCUACUAUUCAUGCUGGUGGAAUCGCGACAGGAAUUUAUACAACAAACUCGGUCCAUUCAACAAAAUAUAUUCUCGAAAGCUCAAAUGCAAGUAUUAUUGUCGUAGAUGAAGCUAAACAAAUGGAGAAAAUUCGUGAAAUAAAAGACUCAUUACCGAAUUUAAAAGCAGUAAUUCAGACAUUGCCUCCAUAUGCUACAUAUGUCAAACGUGAUGAUGGAUUUUGGCGAUGGAGUGAAAUUGAGGAAAUUGAUACAACGGAAGUGGAAGCAGAAUAUCAAGAACGUUUAAAGUCAAUCGUUCCAAAUGAGUGUAGUGUCAUGGUCUACACGUCAGGCACAACUGGAAAUCCAAAAGGUGCAAUGUUAUCUCAUGACAAUUUCACAUGGCUAGUCGAAAGUCUCAGAAAAAAAUUUCCAUUCCUGCAUGAUGGAUGUGAAACUGUGGUUUCAUAUCUUCCUUUAUCUCACGUUGCCGCACAAUUACUUGAUAUAUUCGUGUCGUUAACUUUAGCUGCAACAGUUUAUUUCGCUGAUAAAGAUGCUCUUAAAGGAUCACUUCUUAAGACAUUAAAUUUAGCUCGACCAACAAUCUUUUUGGGCGUUCCUCGCGUUUUUGAAAAAGUCCAAGAGAAAAUGCUUCAAGUCGGAUCACAAUCUGGUGCCUUAAAACGUUCAAUUGCAUCAUGGGCCAAAAAUGUUACUCUUAAAUAUCAUUUGGAUCGAAUGGCAGGUGAACAUUACGCUUCAAUUCAAUAUAAACUUGUAUCAACAAUCAUUCUAAGUAAAGUUAAGCAAGCUUUAGGAUUCGAUAAAAUUAAACUUAUGUUGACUGGUGCAGCACCAAUGAAUGUGGACACGAAGAGAUAUUUUCUAAGUUUGGAUAUUCCAAUUUUAGAUGCUUAUGGAAUGUCUGAAUCUUCUGGUUCUCAUAGUUUUGCAGCAUAUUUUGAUCCUCAUUUUGAAUCUGUUGGACGAACAUUGCCAGGCCUUGAGACAAUGAUUUAUAAUCCAAACGAGGAAGGUCACGGAGAAAUAUGCAAAAGAGGACGAAAUGUCUUUAUGGGAUACAUAAAUGAUAAAGAAAAGACUAUGGAAGCAAUCGAUGAUGAUGGCUGGCUACAUACUGGAGAUAUUGGAUAUAUUGACAAUGAUGGAUAUAUUUUCAUUACAGGAAGACUCAAAGAGUUAAUUAUAACUGCUGGAGGUGAAAACAUUCCACCAGUUCACAUUGAAGACUUAGUCAAAUCAGAAUGUUCUGCAAUCUCAAAUGCAUUUCUUGUUGGCGAUAACCGCAAAUUUCUUACCGUACUGAUCGCAUUAAAGACUGAAAUGGAUAAAGAUGGUGCUCCGACUGAUGAUCUUGCAAUUGAAUCUCUCAAGCUAAUGGAGAAUCUCGGUUUAAAAUAUACUAAAUUGAGUGAAGUUCUAGCUGAGCCUGAUCCAAAAAUUACUGAAUUUAUUCAAGACUCGAUUGUUCGGGCCAACAAAAGUUCAAUCUCCAAUGCUCAAAAAGUCCAGAAAUUCGCAUUCCUCCCAAAUGAUUUUAGCAUUCCAACUGGUGAAUUAGGUCCAACAAUGAAAUUAAAGCGCAGCUAUGUAGCUGACAAAUACAAAGACGUGAUUAAUAAGCUUUAUUCUUAAAUUCUGUGCCUUAACAUGACAUUAUCGAAUUGUUGAAUGACUACUUUUUUGUACUUGAGAGACAUUGAAGGGAUUUAAAUUUACAUCACAUGAUCAAAAAUUAAUUCACAGAAAAAAAUUAUUUUUAUAUUUACUUAAUUAAUAUGUAUGUUGCUAUAUGUUGGAAUUCAGAAG